AUGGUCCCAUUGUAGGUUAAUUUCUCCACCUCUAAAGUGGAUGCAGUGGUUCUUUUCAGCCUCAGGGUGCUGCCGUGAAGUCACUGAAGUGCCUGGAAGAAAAGAGGAGGGACUAAACCUGUGAAACAACUAAUCUAUGUUGUCUUAGUUUCUCGUUUCUGCGAAAACUGUUGUAGGAAAGGGUGUUUGACACUAGACAUCUAUGUCAUUGAUUAGACGAUUCCAAACUGCACCCCAACCACCCACUUCAGAAAAAGGAAAAAAAAAAAUCCACGGCCCGCUGUUGUGCAACCCGUGAAUCUGGACCGGGGCCCAUCGCUGUGGUUUGGCCAGGCAACCAGCACAACAUCUCUUUUCUCAUCUCGUGAAAAAAAAGGAGAAACAAUAUCCCGAGAAUAAAGGUAAUGAUUAAUCUGUUGGUCACAAAGAGGCUCAUUUUGGGGCUUUCAAGCAAACAGCAGAAGAACAGGGAAAGACAGCUUCACCAGAAGAGGAUUAGGUCACAGCCUCUAACUGGGACAGCAUUUGAAGAGUCAGACACUCAGCAGACAUCUCCAGGAAUCUGGCAGCAGCGGUCAAGGCCGUGAGGGCCGGCACCAGAAGACACUGAACCAGCAGACACUGGUGGAGAGGGUGGACCCGCAAGAAGCCCGGAGAUGCAGCCUGAGACGCAACAGCCGGGCAGGAGCUUCAAGCAGAAGCUGGCCUUGAAGAGCAGCUUGGCUAAAGAAACCCUCGCUGAGUUCUUGGGCACGUUUAUAAUGAUUGUCCUUGGAUGUGGCUCUGUUGCCCAAGCCGUCCUCAGUCGAGGGCAUUUUGGAGGGAUUGUCACCAUCAAUGUCGGAUUUGCGAUGGCUGUUGCCAUGGCCAUUUACGUGGCUGGAGGUGUUUCCGGCGGCCACAUUAACCCAGCUGUGUCUUUCGCAAUGUGUCUCUUUGGGCGGAUGAAAUGGAUCAAAUUUCCUUUUUAUGUGGCAGCCCAGUUCUUGGGAGCCUUUACGGGGGCUGCAACCCUGUUUGGCAUUUACUACGAUGGACUUAUGUCCUUUGCUGGUGGACAAUUGCUCACUGUGGGAGAAAAUGCAACAGCACACAUUUUUGCAACAUAUCCAGCUUCAUAUCUGUCCCUGGCGAAUGCGUUUGCAGACCAAGUGGUGGCCACGACGUUCCUCGUGAUGAUUGUCUUUGCCGUUUUUGACUCCAGAAACUGGGGGGUCCCCAGAGGUCUACAGCCUAUUGUCAUCGGCCUCCUGAUUAUUGUCAUUGCUUCCUCUUUGGGACUGAACAGUGGCUGUGCCAUGAACCCAGCUCGAGACCUGAGCCCCAGACUGUUCACCGCUUUGGCUGGAUGGGGGUCUGAUGUCUUCACAGCUGGAAAUAACUUCUGGUGGAUUCCAGUAGUGGGUCCUAUGGUUGGUGCCAUCGUUGGAGGACUCAUCUAUGUUCUCAUCAUUGAGAUCCACCACCCAGACCCCGACACGGGCCUCACGGCACAGCCGUCGAAGGACCAAGCGGAGAAAUAUGAGCUCAGUGUGGUGAUGUAGUGACAUGUUCACUUCUUGACUCGUAACUGGCUGAGCUGGUCAUCUCUUCAGGAAAGACGGCAUCCACGAGUCUGUGUUUUCAUAAGACUGGGGUGGAAUCUGCCCAAUUUUCUCUACUGGUCACGUAGGACACCUGAUUGGAUAAGCAUCAGAGUGAAGGUUUGAAGUCACUGACCUGUUCUCUACUGGGUUUCCCCCGAAUAGCACUGAUUGUCCGCUGAAUCAGCCUGCCUUCCUGCCCUUUUUACUCUUUUGGUGGGAAUCCUUACUCCUGGAUGAACACUAAUAGCUUGGAAUCUUGACCAUGGACUUACUUGGAGGUCCUGCUGCUUACUGGUAUGAAGUCGAGCCACCAAAAGUCUUGUUUUCAAUAUCCACUAAGAUUACAUUCUGAGCACCAACCAAAACCUAAAUUGAAAGCUAAAACCGUGGCUUCAGUUAACAGAUCGGUGAACUGGGGACCAAUGGGUUACUGCCCUUGCUGUGUUCUGCCACCGUACUUAUAUGAACACUGAUAGUCUCCAAACCGAGGGGUACAGGAAGCUGCAGAAUGCAGCUGGAAAACUAGGAGAAGGACAUUGUGGCACUCAGAAAACGCAGGAGACAAGAUAAAUUUGGGAAACCAGAUAGGAUUUUUUUAAUAGACACCAUUUAUCAGAUUGAUAUCUUGCUCUUCUGCAUUUUAGAGGGCAGCAAUUAAUUUCCUGGUCUUUAGCGUAUAAUAGCCUAUAAAAUAUAAUCGUAACCUCAGUCAUGAAAAAUACAUCACUCUGUAUUUUUACCUCAAAUGUAUUUUCCUAAUUGCCCACUUGAGGACAGACACUGGCAAGUUAAGUCAAUGGCUGUUUUCACCCAUUGUUCUACACUUGUUCUAGAAGCAAAAACAGACACUGUUGAAUCCUGGUCUAAGCAAAUCCUCCGGAUGGGAGUCCCUGGAGAGAUAAUGUUACCUUAAUGGGCUUUACAAUUCGCAAAGCACUUUCACACAUAUUAUCUAAUUUAAUCCUCACGAGGACCUCCUGAGGUAAAUACAAUGCUGCCCAGUUUUCAAACGAGGAGAGGAAUCUCAGGGAAGCUACGUGAAUUGCCCAAGGUCACAUGGAAGGUUGAAGAGUGGUUAGUGCAUCUCGUUCAUACCUGGUUAAGAAUCUUUGUCAGCCCUUCUUGGCUGGCCACAAAAAGUGGGACUGACAGCUGCUGGAUCAUUUACACCUUCUAGAGACAACGCUCCGGGACCCCAAGAUAUAAAGACUCACAGUCUGGUUUUAUUCCCGCCAUUACUAAAUCAGUAACAAGGGAAAGAGGUAGUAAUCUGAUCAUAUUUUUUAUCUGCUGGGAAAAACAAUCAGAAAUCCUCCCUUCCUAGGCUACUCUUAGUCUGGCUAAGUCUUAAUCUUCCUUCCCUGCCAAACCCAAACAUUCCAUUCUGGGAAUUUCCUCUUGGGCAGGAUCUUCCCUGUGAAGUUCUCUAAUUGACUCUGCUUUGGUCAAGAGAGUUUCUGUAAGUUACAAAUACCAGAACUUGGGACCAAACCCCCUGAGAGCUGUGGGAACCGCUCUACAAGUGGUGUACCUCAGCCAACCUGAGCCUGGCAUUCCCAGACCCAUCGGGUUCCCCAGCUGCUAUGUGAUAACAGACCAACAAAAAGCCAAUGUAAAAUGCUUCCAAUAGGCUUAUGCUCUACAGUCUAUGGACAUACAGAAUUUUAUUUUCCUUGCUCUAAAUAUAUUUCCUGGAUAUUUCCUUUUUGAAGUAAAAUUAUUGCUUUUUUGAGUAUUGAUAAGUAUGAAGACUGCUAAGUACACUUAGUUCAGAGGGUGUCUACCCUGUCUACAAAUUGAAAUCUCCUGGGGAGCUUUUAAAAUAUACUAAUGCCCAGUGGGUCCUUUGUAAAUAUUUCAUAUGACUCUCUAAUGUGCAGUGAAAGUUGAGAAUGUUGACUUGGUUGAAUCACGUGGGUCAAAGGAUCUUUUGAGAAUCAAGUCUUGUGGCGGCCAGGUAAUUCCUGGUGGGAUUCUUGGAGUCUUGGGAUCCUCAUGGAUUAGAGCAGAGGUUUUCAACAGGGGUGAUCCUUCCCUCCUCCCAGGGGACAUUUGGCAAUAUCUGGAAACAUUUUUGAUUGUCACAACUUGGGAGCGGGGGCAGGUGGUGCUACUGACGUUGAGGGGUAAAUGCUGCUGAACAUGGUACAAGCACAGGAUAACCACCGACAACAAAGACUUCUCUGGCCGGAAAUGUCAACAGUGCAGAGGUUGAGAGACCCUGGCUUCCAGGAAAGGUGAGCAGAGGAGCCAGAGAGGACGCGGAACUCCUACACCUCGAUUCAAGCUCUGCCAGGAGCUGAGAUGCCAAACCGACCAGGAGCAGACCCUGGGGGUGAGUUGCAAUUCUUAGAGAAGAGACAAUCCAAUCUGCGGUCCACUCAAGCGCUCUUUAAACACUACGUGAUGAUUAAUGGUUAGGAUUAUGAAGAGGAAACGUGCACGCAUGGAAAGGAAUCCCAGGAAGAGAUCUUUAAAAUGGAAAAAAAGGUCCUCUUACUCCAGGUGCCUGCAUACAAGUUCCUGCCUCCCCCGCUCCUCCUGCCCACUUACAAGAAUCUGCCUAUGUCAGGUUCUCACCCAAGAGAAUGUUUAUGAGGUUGAAUUAUCUGUUUCGGAAGCCGAUUAGACAGAGCCAACUAACCUAUUUUUUAAAUAGCUCUUUUGAGAGUUAGAUUUGAAGUUCCCUCUACCUCCCCUUCGUCAGUGGAAAAACUUGAUAGGAGCAUUUCUCUUAAUGCGACAAAAUAGAAUUUUUGUAUGAUUCCCCCAACUAUUUAAGAUACCAGCGCGUGUGAAAAAUGGCAGAACUUUUCUAAAUAGCGACACCAGAGUCAAUAUUCAGCUGUUGAACAGCGUAAGCAGAGUAAAAAUGUCACAUUUAAAAAAUCUGAUCCUUAAAAUGUAAAUUAGUAUUUACACACACACACACACACACACGCACACACAGUUAUCUUAUUUUAAAUGUGUGUCAGUGCUCAAAAAUACUGUGAUGAAAAGAGAAUUACAACAUCCAGUUAUAGAGAAUGGUUUAUAAAUUGUAUUUAGCCACAGAGCCUACUGUUCAAAUAAAAUUGUAUGUGGUACCCACAAGAAAACUAGAGCUGCUAGGAAUAAAGAGGGGCUGAGGUGAGGGGUCAGAGUCUCAUCCUGCUCGUGACAUUGUCUUACCCACCCCCAAUGCAGCCCCUGAGCUGUCUCUGAAAAGAAAUUGGAUGGGGGGGCAGGGAUCUUCAGGACAUAGUUUCACAAUUUGAAAACCCCUGGUAAAGGGCUUGAGACAAGUUGUUGAUGAACAUUUUUGUAAAAAUUUCACAGAUAGAACCUACCGAAGACCAUAUUAGUUCAACCUCAGGUAAUUUUCUGAAGUUUUCCUAACAAAUGAAUUAGAUAGGUUAAACAGAAUUAGUCAACCUACCGAGCUUCAGUAACAGAUGUUCUACAUCCGUUCUUCAACUGGGAGUACGUGUUCUCUGAGAUAACGCGUUUAGGAACGUGGAUGUGGAGAGAAGCGAUGUCAGGCUGGCUGCGUUGACUCUCUAAGAUUCUGUAAAAAUAAUACGUAGAUAGAUCAAGCUCCAACAUCUCUCUAAAAGAGUAGCUAGAAAUGGGGUAGCUCUUAUCCACGAGAUGCUGUCCAUGGAUUGAUGAGAGAAAGCAGGCCCCCAUGUACACAGAUCAUGAAUCCGAAAAGCCCAGUCAGUUCCCGUCCAGUUGAUUCUGCCUCAUGGCAAUCCCAUGUCUGUCAGAGUAGAAAUGUGCUCCAUAGGAUUUUCAAUAGCUGACUUUUUGGAAGUAGAUCGCCAGGUCUUUCUUCCAAGGUGCCUCUGGGUGGACUUGAACUUCCAAACUUUCAGUUAGCAGCCAAGCACAUUAACCAUUUGCACCACCCAGGGAGUCCAGAAUAUGAAUAAAUGAAGCAAAUUAGCCAGGAGAAACCAUCUGUGGAUGGAGAUGCUGUCUUUCCCUAACCAUGGACUGGCUCUGUCUUCCUCCAGGGCCGCGGAUAUCUUUCAUGGACCCUAGGCACUUUCGCUUUCCUGGGCCCCUUCUCUCACACAUACAUAUACAACAAAAUUAAAAAUUAUAUUUCAUGGUGUAUCUUUGGCUAU